AUGGCUGACAGCUAAAAAUCAACAAGUGCAUAGCUAGCUGGUCGUUAAGUUUAUAUGACCAUCUGCAGGUUCUAUUUCCCGUGUUACUGUAAAGUCGAUAUCGUGAUGUGGAUCAAAACAUGCCCAGAAUACAUAAGACUAUUCCACAUCAGUAGUUGAGUUUAAACACGCAGUAUGAGAAGGCACACGGCGACCAUCUUGAAAUACGUGUUUUAUAUUGCAAUGCUUAUAACUGUUGGAUUAUUAUUUCAUAACAGAAGAAAAAAAGCAAAUGUAGAAGAUUUUUCAAACAUGGAACAGAAGAGAUCACACCACGACCACCAUGAUGGAAGACGUCACCAUCGCCAUCACAACAUUUUAGAAUUAUUAAAACAUGAAUUAAAGAAGAUAGACUGGCAUGAUUACAAACUUAUCGAAACUGAACGGAAGAGAAAAGGACCGGGGGAGCAGGGAGCUGCCUUGAUACCAAGUAAAGUAAAUGAGACAGCUAAACAACGAUUGUACCACGCUAACGGUUUCAAUGCGUACGUCAGUGAUAUGAUAGCACUGGAUAGAUCGAUUAACGACAUCAGACACGAAGGGUGCCGACGAAAACUCUACUUAAGCAAGCUGCCAACAGUCACUAUUGUAAUUCCAUUCCACAAUGAACAUUUUUCAGCAUUAUUAAGAACAGUCCACAGUAUAAUAAAUCGAUCACCCAAACAUCUUAUAAAAGAAAUACUCCUAAUAGAUGAUUACAGUAAUAAAGAGUUUCUCAAAGAAAAACUAGACGAUUAUUUGAAAGAACACUUUACAAACGUGAGGGUAAUCAGAGCCAAAAAGCGUGAAGGUCUGAUCAGAGCUCGACUUCUAGGAGCGAAGCUCGCCACGGGACAAGUUCUCAUUUUCUUAGAUUCUCAUUGUGAGGCCAAUAUAAAUUGGCUGCCUCCAUUGCUCGAACCCAUAGCCGAGGACAAACGGACAGUGACUUGUCCGUUUAUUGACGUCAUUGAUUAUGAAACCUUUUCCUACAAAGCCCAAGAUGAAGGAGCCAGGGGAGCUUUUGACUGGAACUUCCUGUACAAGAGAUUACCCGUCCUCAAGUCUCACCUGGAACAUCCGGCUGAGCCUUUCAAGAGCCCUAUUAUGGCUGGAGGAUUAUUUGCCAUAAAUCGUGAAUGGUUCUGGACACUUGGAGGCUAUGAUCCAGGACUUGAAAUAUGGGGAGGAGAACAGUAUGAGCUCUCGUUUAAGAUUUGGCAAUGUGGCGGGAAAAUGGUGGACAUACCUUGUUCACGAAUUGGUCACAUAUAUAGAAAGUUUGUUCCAUAUAACUCAGGUGGAAAUGGAAACUAUUACUAUCGGAACAUGAGAAGAGUGGCUGAUGUCUGGAUGGACGAGUAUAUAGAGUUUCUUAUUAUGAGAAGGCCGUUUUUAAAAACCGUGGAUUCAGGCGAUAUUUCUCAGCAGAGAGCUAUUAGAAAGAGGCUAAAGUGCAAGCCUUUCAAAUGGUUUAUGACAGAGAUUGCAUUUGAUAUUGUCGACUAUUACCCACUAGUUGAACCAAAACCAAUGGCAAAUGGUGAGAUUAGAAACAUGGCUAGCCAGCUGUGUAUUGACACCAGGUUCAAAGGUCAAAACGAGAGAUUCCAGCUUGAAGAGUGUAUUUCUGAUAGAAAUGGUGGAGCUGGUGAACAAAGAUUCGAAUUUACAUGGCACAAAGAUAUUCGACCUAGAAAGAGAGAAUAUUGCUUUGAUACAAGCAUGGGAGCAGGAAAGGUUCCAAUAAUUCUCUUCAGAUGUCAUAAUCAGAAAGGAAACCAAAGAUUCAAGUAUAAUGUGGUUACAUCCCAGAUAUACCACCCUGUUGCUAAAAAGUGUUUGGACUGUGAUGUUAACACCCAUGAACUGUUUAUGAAUUAUUGUGAGAAAGACUCAAAAACCCAAAAGUGGAAAUGGUCGAAUGUGAACGUGACAGCUUUAAAAGAAGAUUGGGAUUUAGUUGAAAUGAUUAAAUAAAACAGAUUUUUUUUUUUUUUAAAUAAUGUAUUCUUGCCGAAUCGUCAUCUUUCUAAACAUUCAGUGCCGAAUUUACGAAGCCUCUGUUUCUUAAAGGGACAUUCCUGAGUUUUUUGUAUUUUUUAAGAUGUUAUCGACUAACAGAAACUUUUUAACGAUUGUAAUUACAUAUCAAAUAUAUUUUUCUGAACAAAAUCUCAAAUAGUUUGUCUAAUAAAUUUUGGAAAAAUUGCUUACAGGCCUUAGCAGCCCUUCAAAAUAAAAUCAAUAUAACUUCUUUUAAAGAAUUUUUAACGGAACCCGUUUUCUAUAACAACAAUAUAAAAAUUAAUAAGAAAUAUUUCUUCUGUUCUGACUGGCAUAUUAAAGGUGUAACUCAAAUUUGCGACCUAUGUAAUCGUAAUGGAACUUUCUUGUCUCAUUAUGAGUUUAUUGAAUUAUAUCAAAUACGGACUGAUUUUGUUACAUUUUAUGGUAUCAUAGGAGCAGUAAAUAAAUAUCUCAAAUUGUUGGCUAUAGAUAAAGAAGAAACAAAUAUAUCAAAUGAUCAGACAGUAUGGAUAACCUUACUAACUUCCAAAUCUCGUGGUACGAAACAUAUAUAUUAUACCUUAAUGUCUUCCAAUGACAAAAAUAAGGCUAAAACAAAAUGGAAUUUGUGUUUUGAUCACAGCUUAGAGUGGCCUAAAAAAAUUAUGAAGGUCUUUAAAACUACAAAAGAUACAAAACUCAGAUGGUUUCAGUAUCGAAUUCUGUUGCGGAUAUUAACUACUAAUACAUUUCUUGUAAGAAUGAAAGUGGUCUAAACCGAUAAAUGCACUUUUUAUUCUAAGGAAAGAGAAACCUUAGUACACUUGUUCUAUACCUGUGAGAUUACUCAGCCUUUCUGGAAAGAUCUCAUGCACUGGUUAAACACUUCUUGUACUCACCUUUAUAAUAUGAAUCUUAGUGUGGAACUGGUUCUAAUGGGAUUAAAAACAAAAAUAAAAACAGACAAAGUGUUUGAUCUCAUUUUAUUACUUGCUAAAUUUUGUAUAUAUAAAUGUAAGAUACAAAAUAUGAAAACAAAUCUUAUUCAUUUUAAACAUGAAUUAAACACUAGAUAUUAAAUAGAACAAAAUAUAGCAUUUAGUAACUGUGAGUAUGAAAGUUUUAACAGAGAAUGGGCAAUGUACAAGCCACUGUUACAAUAUUAAAACAUUACAAUAUUAUUUGUUAAAUUCGGACCAAGCUUGUCUAUACACCAAAGGCUAUCAAGAAUAAUAUAUCGGUGUGAAUGUAGUGUAUGAAAGUGUGUUUAAAAAUAAAAAAUAAAUUCACAGAAGCAUUACUGUUUAUUCUAUACUACAUGCAUAUAUUAUUAUACAAAUGUUGUCAAGUUUCAGGUUAUUCAAAAUAGUUAUUAGUUUCUUAAAGUAUCAUUCCUGGGUCUUGUAGACCUCCUGUCCCUUUUUCCCUGGAUUGGGGCAGUUAAUUGUAAACAGGGUAUCUGUGAAUGAAUAAAUAAAU